GUAUUCACGACAGUCCAAUCCAAUCAUCUGCUACUCUCUUCUUAUUAAUUUCUAUGUUUUCCUCUUUCCCGGCAGAAGGUACGCACCGAAUAAACCCUAAUCGCGGUUGUCGCGACAGCACGACCUAAACCCUAGCUCAGUUUCUCCUUCAGAUUUACCUCUGAAAUAUCCUUCUUUUGCCAAGGAUAUCAGUGUUUGUUUGAUCUCCUACAGUUUUUUGUUAUUAUAUAUAUUUUUAAUCUUCAUUUGUUUCGUUAAUGGCGGAGGCUCGGAACGGCGAUCGGAGCGAUGAAAGUGAUUAUAAAUCGGAGGAUGAAGGGACUGAGGAUUAUAGGCGAGGAGGAUAUCAUGCGGUUCGUGUUGGGGAUACUUUUAAGAACGGGUGCUAUGUUGUUCAAAGCAAGCUCGGCUGGGGUCAUUUUUCUACUGUGUGGUUGGCAUGGGACACACAGAAAUCGCGUUAUGUAGCUUUGAAAAUUCAAAAGAGUGCUCAGCAUUACACUGAAGCUGCGUUGGAUGAGAUUAAGAUUCUUAAGCAGAUAGCAGAGGGAGAUAUAGAAGACAAGAAGUGUGUUGUGAAGCUUUUGGAUCAUUUUAAGCAUUCUGGCCCAAAUGGGCUGCAUGUUUGUAUGGUUUUUGAGUAUCUAGGGGAUAACUUAUUGACCCUUAUUAAAUAUGCCGAUUACAGAGGGAUUCAUCUACACAUGGUGAAGGAAAUUUGCUUUCAUAUUUUAGUGGGAUUAGAUUACUUGCACAGCAAACUUUCUAUUAUACAUACUGAUUUGAAGCCAGAGAAUGUAUUGCUUUCAUCUAUGAUUGAUCCAUCUAAAGAUCCUCGAAAAUCGGGCAAUCCUCUCAUCCUUCCAAACAACAAGAAUAAAACUUCGACUAGUUCUGAUGCUUUAAAGGAUGUUAAGAGUUACGGCGGGGAUCUUACCAAGAACCAGAAGAAGAAGAUAAGGAAAAAAGCUAAGAAGGCAGCACAGGGGCGUUCGGCGGAGGAACCUGUUGAAGAAGAUAUAAAUGAAGAAGACUCUACGAGAGCUAGCAUAGGAGAUUUUGAUAAUGGAGUUAAACAAAAUGGGGGUACAGCCAAAGUAUGUAAAGAUGGUUCUGUAAAUGAUGGCGGUAUAACAAAUGCUGAUGAUUUAAAGGAUGCUAGCCAAGGGAAGAAAGAUCAGAGGAGAAGGAGCCAUGAAACAAGGAAGAGACUGCUAGCAGCUGCUGAUCUUAAGUGCAAGCUGGUUGAUUUUGGGAAUGCAUGCUGGACAUACAAGCAAUUUACUAAUGAUAUUCAGACACGGCAGUAUAGGUGUCCCGAGGUUAUUCUUGGAUCUAAAUAUUCGACUCCAGCAGAUAUGUGGUCAUUUGCUUGCAUUUGUUUUGAGUUGGCCACUGGUGAUGUUCUCUUUGAUCCACACAGUGGUGACAACUAUGAAAGGGAUGAGG